AUGGCACGUAACAUACCCGACCAUCCGCCCAAAGAGCACCGGCUUCCCAUGCUGCGACCACUAGGCAAAUCCGAACAGCUCUCCUCCGUAUCCCACGCCCUCGGCUUCUUCAAGAAUGUCGGCAUGUCCGCCCACUACACCCUAUCCACCCGCAGUACUACCCAACCACCCGAUCUUCAAAGCCUAGUGUAUGCGGCGGUGGCGGACGUCAUAAGAAAGCAUGUUAUUCUAUCCGCCAUUCCCAUAAACGAAGCGUCACCGGAGGCGUACUUUGCGCGAUUAGAGGUAAUCGAUCUUGCGAAGUGCGUGGUCUGGAAAACACGGAUUGGCUGUGCUACGCGUGGGGAACAGGAAGAAGAUGGGGAGCUUGAUGCGAUGCUUGAGGGGCAGCAUAAUGUUGAUUUCAAAACUGAUUAUGGCGAUGUACCCUUCUGGCGUCUGAUCAUCCUGCAAGAUGCUGGGACGGAACUCAGUUUCACUGCAUCCUUCAUCUUCCACCAUAGUCUCGGCGACGGCGCAACAGGGUCAAUCUUCCACUCGUCCUUCCUCCAAGGCCUGAACACCGCUAUCUCCCUCCCCUGUCUCGACACCCACAGCAACACACGCAUACCCGUCAACCCCACCGUCCAGCUUCUCGCCCCCCUAGAGCACCUCCACCCCCUGCCCAUCAACCCCAAUCCUCACUCCCACCGCGCAGACAACGCCUCGGAGUUAAAAGAAUGGUUCGGAAACCCCAUUCACACGCCCCUGAAGACGCAUUACAAAACACUCUUCUUAUCACCCGCAACCACCGCAACGUUCGCGAAAAAAUGCAAGGACAACGGCGUUUCGGUGACAUCCGGUCUCACCGCCAUACUAGCGGACGCUCUCUUCAACGCUUUACCAGACACCGUGGAAGCGCUCACGGGCAUUGUACCGAUUAAUCUACGGCCGUGGCUGGAUCUACCUGCGACCGAGGCGGAUGGGGCGAUGGGAAGUUUUAUUGAUGCGAUGAAAGUGCAUGUGAGGCGUGAGGAGUGCGGGGAAGGCGGUGGAGGCGGUGGUGAUGCUAAGGGCAUGAUGAGCGGUCUACGCGCUGCACAAUAUACGUCGGAAGAGAUUAAGAGGUAUCUCGCCAACGCCUCACCAACCGGCGAACCGUACACGUCCAUCGCGCCGUUUAAACUCAUCCCUGAUGUCGCUACCGUGUUUACAUCGCUCGUCGGCACAAAGCGCGAUGCUGCGUUUGAGAUAUCGAAUUUGGGCCGCUUUCAUGAUCCUUCUGCUCAUGAUCUCCGCCAUGGCGACGAUGCCGCACACUGGCGGAUUGGUAGAAUGGUGUUUAGUCGCAGUGCUGUUGUGUUUGGCGCGGCGGUUACGACGAGUGUUAUUACGGGGGCGGAUGGGGGGUUGAGUGUUGGGUUUUGUUGGCAGGAUGGUGUUGUGGAGAGGAGUGUGGUUGAGCAGGUUGUAAAGGUGUGUAGGGAGGGAGUUGAGGGUUGUGGGUUUUGA